UCGCGUGUUGCUCCGCUCGAGGAAUAGCUUCGUCUGUUCCCCACUUUCUACGGUGACGAAUUCGAGCAUCGGUGUAGUUUAGAGGUCUCAUCUGUAAUCGUUCAUUUGAUGUCAUGUCAUCGUUUCUCUCUUUCGUUUGAUGUUUCGAGGGAUGCGAAUGAGGAGAGUGGUUGCGUCUCUUCUGUUGCUUCUGAUGGGCACUACUGUCGCUUAAUUGCGUUGCUGUGAUCACUUUCGUUUUGAGAUUGUAUUUCUUCAGAAAUUUUGAAGCUGCAGCUAGUUCUGGUCUUUCGUUUUCCCCUCGUUUUUUUUCUCUGUUUGUGUGGCACGGCCAUGAAUUGUUGUUGAGGGGUAGAACCGCUUUAUUCUGGACCUCAGUGUUGUUACUUUCCAUCGGUUUUGUUGAUUGAUUUGCGUGUCAGUCUCGGGAGCCUCAUGCCCUGACGACCCAUCAAACCGAACAUUCCUCUGUGGGUUUUUACAUCAACGGGUUUGCAUUUGCUAAUCCUGUCUGAAGCUUUGGGAUAAUGGGUUUCUCUACUGUAUAUCGGUGCUUGCAGGAGCUAUUUCCACAGCUUGAUGCUCGUGUGUUGAAGGCAGUUGCUAUUGAAAAUUCUAAGGAUGCCGAUGCUGCUGUUGAGGUUGUUCUUUCAGAAAUUCUUCCUUAUGUUUCAGUGCAGGAAAAACCCCAGAGUUCCCCUUCUCAAUACCUGGGAUCACUUAAUCUAUCUGAUGGAGAAGUUCGAUCUGACCAACCGAGCUCUUUAUCGAGGCGCCGAAGUAUGGCUGAGAAAGCAAAUGCAGCUUCUUCAGAAGCAAAAGCAGCUAGUAGAAAUGGAGAUACCAUAUCUAGCAAUACUCCAAGAAUCAGUCCGGAGGCAUCUACCUCCAGCAGCAGUGACAAGAGAGGUCGAGUCUUUGAGACUGAUGAACUGAUUGCAUUGGAAAAAGAUCGAGUGCGUGUAACCAGAUUCAUAGAGGCUAAUCAAGCUCCAGAUUUCAGAUUAACCACUGAGCCGAAACCACACAGCCAGACCGAAAGUGCAGAAGUGAUUUUGCUGGGGGCUACUAAUCGGCCACUUGCCACUCCUGGGAGGAGUUUGCCUGUUGAACCAGCUAAAUCUAGUGAUAUCUCUAGUUUAACAAUUGCAGAUGCAAAGUUUAAUCAAAGAGGUUCUUAUGGCUCUCAGGCAGAUGAUUGUAACACGAGGAGAAGUGAAAGUAGCUAUCAAGCAGAAUCAACUUUUACUAGCACUUCUCUAAAGACAGGGCACUCUGGUUGUGAGCAAAUAUUAGAGCAUCUUUUAGUAGCUCCAAAAUGUCAUUUGGAAGCUGAUUCCAUCAAUCUUGUAAGUAACAAUACUGGCGAAAAAGCAGAAGAAGAUAAUGCUGCCUCGAAACACUGUUUUGGAGAGGAGUCACCCUUGAAGUUGAAAACCACCUGCUCUAGCGAAAUUCAUGAACUUUUCAAACCGAUCAUUGAGAAUGCUGAAGCAUACAAAUGCUCAAUGCUGCAGACUACCCUUUUCUCGGCAAUGGAUUUGGUUGUCAACCUCAUGAGAGAAGUUGAAGAAAAAGAGAAAGUUGCAAAACAAGCUAAAGAGGAAGCUUCUACCGAGGGACAUGAUAUUUACUUAAAGAUUGAGGAACUCAACCGGAUGUUAGUGCUUACUAAGGAAGCAAAUGAUAUGCAUGCAGGUGAAGUUUAUGGAGAAAGAGCUAUUUUAUCGACUGAAGCAAAGGAGCUUCAAUCUCAUUUACUCAGGUUGUUGGAUGAAAGGGACAAAUCUCUUGCAAUUAUUGUUCAGAUGCGCCAAGAACUUGAAAUUCGACUUUCUGCAGCGGAGGAUUUGAAAAAAGUUGCCGAGAAGGAAAAGCUUGAAAAAGAAGCCACUGCUGGACGUGCUUUGGCUGAACAGCAAGCUCUCCUGGAGAAGGUGCUUCAUGAGUCUAAGUUAUUACACGAAGAGGAAGAACAGAACAACAAGCUGCGGAUGUUUCUCAUGGACCAUGGCCAUAUUGUCGAUGCACUCCAAGGGGAGAUUGCCGUGAUCUGCCGGGAUGUGAAGUCACUGAAAGAAAAUUUCGAUAGGGGCGUUCACUUGAGCAAAUCCGUUUCCUCGAGGAACAUGAGUCGCAACACAUCUUCAUCAUCCAGGUCCAAUCUAAGCGGUAUUUCCACUGAUACGAUACCUGAACAAGGCAAAACAUUAAAGAUUCCGAACAAGAUAGGACCUCCGAACACAUUUGAUGACAUCGGCUUGCCUUCAAAGAGAGUUAUCGAAGAGGAAGAAGCCAGCGUUGGUCAGAAGGAGCUGGAGGAUGAAGGAUGGGAAUUGUUUGAAGGUAACUGAGAACCGUAAACCCCACUAGUAAAUAUGAUAAGUGAAUGGAAGAUUUGAUUUAUAGUUGCUCCUCAUGCUGUGCUGUUUACAAUACUGCUCCUGUAGUUUCAGCCCAAGGUCUAUGUUUUACCCUUUUUGUGGCUUAAAUAAUUGUUUGUCAAUCACAGAAAGUAUUGGUGCGUUCAUUGAACAGUUUGCAGAUGCAUUUAAGGGAGUAUGGGAUUUUUAGAA